AUGGUUGCUAAUACUAAAUUCAACUUUAGUUUUAGACAGAGUGAGAUACAGCCCCCAAAGGAAGUAAAAACAGCUGUAUCGUUGUUUUUUCAAUUUCAGUAUCCGUCCGUUUUUUCUUUUAUUCAUAGAGAAUCCUUCCUAUAUUAUCUUUUAAGUAAUGAUUAUGAUAAUGAUUUCGUUUCAGAGGAUCUUGUGUUUGCAAUUAGUGCCCUAGGUUCUCGAAUGAGUGAAAAUAAAGAUCUACAAUUGAAAUCAGACUAUUUUUAUGAUCAUGCGAAGUCUUUAGUCUUCAAAUCAAAUGAAAAUUUGUGUUUUACAAAUGAGACUUCAAUUUCGAAGUUGCAAACAUUAUUGUGUUUAGCAUUAUAUGAUAUUGGUAGAGGGAAUUUAACGAGCGGCUGGCUACUUUCUGGACUUGCGUUUCGCAUGGGAUUUGAUUUUGGGUUUGAGUUAGAUCCAAAAGAGUGGCAAAUAUUAAAUUUGGAUCAAGAUAACCAAGGAAGGAUAAAGAAAAAAUUGCAUACAGAUUAUCCUUUUCAAAUUCACAAUGUGAAAAGUCGUAUUUAUUGGGGCUGUUACAUUGCAGACAAUUUUGUAAGUCUAGUACUUGGAAGACCUACAACUCUCAAAUUAUCUGAUACUAAUAUGCCUGAAUCGGAAGAUAUGGGAGAUCUAACGAAUAUUGAAGAAUAUGUGUAUCAUAAUCCUCAGACAAACUUAAUUCAAUCUGCUUACCCUACAAUUAAAGCAUUAGCUGAACUUAUCAAUCUUUCUAAUUAUAUACUAACAUCUGUAUUUGAGCCACUCAUUAAUUUACCACAAGAACAAUUAAAUAUUGAAUAUUCUAAGCGAUUGAAAAAAUUACAUUUUUAUAAUGGAAAAUUACGUAAAUGGAGAUCUGAACUACCUUACGCCUUACAAUGGAAUCGUGGAAAUAUAGAAAAUUCUUGUAAUGAUAUAUUCUUGCAUACACAUAAGUGUUACUUUUAUAUUGUUUCCCUAUGCUUAAACAGGCCAUUUAUACAACUUUCUGUUACCAUGGAGGAGGAUUACGAGAUAUCACCUAUUUCGAUUUGUGACAAUAUCGUUGACGAGAUUGAUGUCAUAGUUUCCAGCUUGGAAACUUUAAAGGGAAUUGAUAGCAGAGCUGUCGGUAUUCUUUUGGUGUUUUGCAUUAUUAUAUCCAUAAGCACCUUAUACAUUAGGUUCUCGAUACUGAAAGAUAUGAAUGAAAAGUUUGCAAUUGAGUCCAAACUAAUGAAAUUCUCUAGUUUUCUCGAUCAUUGUUCAACUAUUUGGCAUGUUGCUAAAAAACCAUCUGAAAUCAUCAAGAAAAGAAUCAGCAAUAUCUUGAACGAUUUUAACGCACAUAGGGACAAACCGAUAGGUCAAUCCAUAAAUAAGGUGCUGACUACACAGGAUACGCUUAUUAAUGUAAUGGACCAUUUAUUUAAUCCGAACGGAGGUGAAAUUGGAAAUCUGUCUCUUUUACGACAUGAUUUGACAAGCAUGGAUUGGGAUAACUUUUUCGACUUCGAUUUAAAUUUUCACGAUGUGCAUAAUAUAUGA